CGCUCCCGGCGGCCGGGACGAGGGGCGGCGGCCCCCGGCCGGCGGCGCCCGCGGCAGGAUGAACCCCAAUGUCACCUACGCCAGUCGCAAGCGGCGGAAACCUGUGCAGAAAAUCGUAAAGCCGUCCCCAGCUGAAGGAGCCAAGUCCAAUCCAUCCAAGAGACACAGGGACCGCUUGAAUGCGGAGCUGGACCGCUUGGCGAGCCUGCUGCCUUUCCCUCAGGAUGUCAUCGCCAAACUGGAUAAGCUGUCUGUGCUUAGGCUUAGCGUCAGUUACCUGAGAGCUAAAAGUUUUUUUGAUGUUGCAUUAAAAUCAUCUAGCUCUACCAGACCAGAAAGAAAUGGCAUUCAGGAAACCUCUAGAACAGGAAAGUGUGGAGAAGGGAUGCAGAUCCUGGAAGGCGAACUCCUAUUGCAGGCAUUAAAUGGAUUUGUUUUAGUUGUUACAGCAGAUGCUCUGGUCUUUUAUGUCUCUUCUACUAUCCAAGACUACUUGGGAUUCCAACAAUCGGAUAUUAUACACCAGAGCGUAUUUGAACUGAUUCACACAGAAGACAGACCUGAGUUUCAACGACAGCUACAUUGGGCAUUAAAUCCUGCCCAGUCAGGAGAUUCUGGACCAAGCGUACAAGGAGAUAAUGGCUUUUCACAGCCAGCAACCUAUUAUAACCCAGACCAACUUCCUCCAGAGAAUUCUUCCUUUAUGGAAAGGAAUUUCAUCUGUAGGUUACGAUGUCUCCUGGAUAAUUCAUCUGGAUUCCUGGCUAUGAAUUUUCAAGGACGACUGAAGUUUCUCCAUGGACAAAACAAGAAAGGGAAGGAUGGUGCUACUUUGUCUCCUCAGCUUGCACUGUUUGCAGUAGCUACUCCCCUGCAGCCACCAUCUAUCCUUGAGAUACGAACCAAAAACUUCAUCUUCAGAACUAAACACAAACUGGAUUUCACACCUACUGGCUGUGACGCAAAAGGAAAGAUUGUCCUGGGAUACACUGAAGCAGAGCUGUGUAUGAGAGGAACAGGAUACCAGUUUAUUCAUGCAGCUGAUAUGCUUUAUUGUGCUGAAAAUCACAUCCGAAUGAUGAAGACAGGUGAGAGUGGAAUGACUGUAUUUAGGCUUCUAACCAAAGAAAAUCGAUGGGCCUGGGUACAGGCAAAUGCACGUCUUGUCUACAAAAAUGGAAGACCAGAUUACAUCAUUGCCACGCAAAGACCUCUUACAGAUGAAGAAGGGGCAGAACAUCUACGGAAGCGUAACAUGAAGUUGCCCUUCAUGUUUGCCACUGGUGAGGCUGUGUUGUAUGAGGUAUCUUUCCCUAUGUCGAGCCUUAUGGACCCCUCUCAACUGAAGAGUAAAAGCACAGUGGGAAAAGGAGCCAAAGCAACGCUACAUGAUGAUUCUGUGGAUCCAAACUCCCUCCUAGGUGUCAUGUUAAGGCAAGACGAGUCUGUUUAUCUCUGCCCUCCAGCAUCACAUAAACUUUCUUUUGAGAGGAAUUUCUUUGCAGACAGUAGGGAUGAACUAGGUGGUGGUGGUAGCAGUGGCUGGACAGACAAUCUCCUACCUGCUGGAAAUCACAGCAUUCUCAAACGGGAGUUGAUGGAGUGUUCCCAGGACAGUACUAUUCCACUUCCUGAAGACAGUGCAGCACUCUUUCAGGAUAACAAAACCAGUGAUUUGUACAGCAUUAUGAAAAAUCUGGGUAUUGACUUUGAAGAUCUAAAGUGUAUUCAGCAGGAUGAGGAGUUUUUUAAAACUGAAUUAUCUGAUGUGGAUGAUAUUGGGGACAUCAACAUAACUGAUGAAAUCCUGACUUAUGUUCAGGAUUCCUUAAAUAAAUCUGACUUCUUAUAUUCAGACUGUAACCAGCAGCAGCCCUUGGUCCAGAAUGAAGGUUGCAUGGUACAGCAAGACUUAGAUCCACAUCAACUUCAUCAACACCAGAAACAUCUUGUGGAACAGCAACAACAGCAGCAGCAACAGCAGCUCUGUCAAAAGAUGAAACAUAUGCAAGUCAAUGGAAUGUUCACGAAUUGGAGCUCUGGCAUGCCUCUUAGCUGCUCACAGCAGCAGCCCCAGCAAUACGUGUUCCCUGGCAUGCAUGCCAGUACAUCUGAGUUCUCCUACAAAUCAGAAGUUAACGCUUCUCCUUAUGAGUGUAGGCAAGACUUUGUUCCUUACAAGCAACCCACAGCAAUGAUGCCACAGCUUUCUAAUUUUGCUCAAAUGGAUUUUCCUGCAGCAGGUUUUGAUGUAUCAACCUACUCUGCUUCUUCCAACUUUGAGGAUUUUCUCAGUUGUUUGCAGCAAGUCCCUGAAAACCUUGAGUGUGGGAUAAACUCUGAGUCAGUUAUGCUCCCUCCUCAAACGUGCUAUGCAGGCGCUGUUUCUAUGUACCCGUGCACGCAGGAGGCACAGCCCAGCUGCGUGGAUCAAAUGCAGUACGAUCCUAUGAUGACAAAUCAGCAACAACAAACAUUGGGGAACAAGUUCCAAAAUGGUUUCAAUGGAGGAAAUGUAAAUGAAUCAUAUCCCUCUCAGUUAGAUGUGAUCAGUAAUGCACAGACUGCCACACAUCUUCAGCCUCUUCAUCAUCCAAAAGAACCCAGAUCCUUCUCAGAUUUGGCAUCUAGUGGAUUUAUGUGACUCAGAUCUAGAGCUCCAUCUGUGAUUUUGUCUGGGUGUCAGGUUGCUCUGAGGAAAAGCUUGAUAGGUCUCUUUGAGCAUCAGACUUUCACAGCUAAAUUACAUUUUGAGAAUAUGAGGUUGGUUGCACUAUAUACGGGUGGACAUGUAAUUCAAGACCUGGCUUUUUAGAAUGACAGGUGGAAUUAAAUCUUCUGAUUAGAAGUAUGCAUGUGCUGUUUUCCAUCAAGCUGACUGUGUCCUUGCAGUAUGGAUUGCAUACAUACUGCAGACUAUGUCAUGCUAUACAACAUAAGAUAAGGCAAAUGGUUUUGUUGUUUAGAAAAUAAUUGGGCACUUUACAAAUAGCAUUGAUGGCACAAGGAAGGUGACUACACACAUGGAUUAUUUCCAGACUUUAU